AUGUCUCUGCGAGCCUUCCCAUUGAGUCAAACCCGCGCCCCAUGGCGAGACCUGAUCAGCUCCCACCUGGAGAAACAAAAAGAGUACGAUUUUACCGUCGCGACGGUCGGGUAUGACGCAAAGCAGCGUAUUGUCCCGCGCGUCCGCACAUGCGGCUUCCGUGGCUUCUUUCCCGAGCUCAAGCUGCAUCCGAGCGGACAGAAGGAUUUGGAUCAACAAGUGGAGGACGGCGGAAACCCACCGUUAUUUGAAAGUGACCUCUUGUCCUUCACCUCAGACAUUCGAAUGGAAAAGCUGAGACAAUUGGAUUCGACGGGGAACAGCAUCGAGGCGAUGUUCUGGCUGAAGGAGGUCAUGGUUCAAUGGAGAAUCAAAGGGCAGGCAUACUACAUCGGAUCUCCAGCUGCAGAGUCCGGAAAGGAGUCGGAUCUCCAAGCACAAUUGUUCAAGGCCCUGCGUCGCAAAGACGAUUACCAUGGCGAUGAAAAGGCGGACUUCAAGAAAUGGACAUGGGACAAAGCCAUUACGAAGUACUUUGCCAAUCACUCCCCAGCCAUGCGCGGCUCCUUUCGCAACCCUCCACCUGGUCAGCCACGAACUCAACAGCUCAGUAACCCUGACUUGAGCCUUGGGCAGAAAGUUUCUGAUCUCCACGAUCCUGUUGCCCGGGGGAACUUCAGAUUGGUUCUGAUCCUGCCCGAAGAGGUUGAGCAACUGGACCUGUCCAACGGAGACGACCCUCGUCGACGCAAGUGGACUUUGGUUGGGGGUGAUGGUGAUGUCGAGAGGACGGGCGGACAGUGGCAGGAGUCCGAGCUCUGGCCUUGA